AAAGAAACGUCACUCACAACGACGGGUUAGUUAUGAAUGUGGAAUAUUAACCUGUUUAUUUGGAAAAGAGAAGAAAAGGCUUCCAGAGAAUAGAUAAUUGAGUCAAAUUUUUAGGGCAACAUGAGCCGUUAUUCAAGUGAUUCAGACUCCUAUGAUAGCAGCCGCAAAAGACGGGGGAAAAAAGGAAGAUCCAGGUCCAGCAGCCGUUCUACCACAAGUAGUAGACAUAGGAAAGAAAAGAAAUCAAAAGGGAAGAAGAAAAAGUCACGAUAUUCUCGCUCUAGAAGUAGAGAACCAGUAAAGUCCAAAAGUUCUCGUCGUCGCUCCUCGCCAGACAGUCGUUCUCAUAGUCGUAGAUCAUCAAUAGACUCCUCCAGAUCACGAGACAGAUACAAGCGGUCGUAUUCUCGAUCUUCAUCUCGGAGUAGACGGAGAUCAAGGUCUCCUUCAUACAAAUCAAGAAGUAGGAAGUAUCGUUCAAAAUCGAAGUCUCGAUCUCGCUCAAGAUCCAGUUCUAGAUCCAAACACAGGUCCAGGCGACGCUCAAAGUCUAGCAGCUCAGAUAGUUUCCACAGGAAAAGAUCCAGUUCUUCAGAAUCCCGUUCAAAAGACAAAGUAACUAAAAAGUCAAGAUCUCGCUCCAGCUCGCUACAGAGUGAGCGAAGUCAGAAGAAGGGGUCAAAGAAGAGUAAAAUCAGUAGUGACAAAAUGUCUGUGCAGAAGAAGUCGGUGUUUGAUUUAGAGAAAGUUUUAGGGGAUCAACCAAAUCGUGGCUCGUUGAUUGAAGAGAUUAAUGCUACAACCUUUGUCCAAAAAUCGUUUUCAUCUAAUAAAGUUGACACAGCUGCUUUAACAACAGUUCCACCUCCAAAGUCUCGCUCUACAAAAUCUAAUGAAAGACCAGAAAACUUGUUUCAUCCCAAUCUCUUGGUGGAAAACAAAGAAGAAAAGUUGAAUCGCUGGGUCAAAAAACUAUAUCAAAUUCGCCAAAGAUCAUUAAAUGGUGGAUUAAUAGAAUUGUAAAUAAACCUAUUGAUAGAAACACUUCAUAAUUAUUU